AUACAUAACGGAAGGCAUGUGCACCGCUGCUCUGCUGCACUGGUAAAGGCAAAAAGGUAUUAAAAUUCUUUAUCUUUCCUGAAAUUCCUGAGCAGUUUUCGAACUCCGGAUUUAGCCAUGGUUUUAUUGUUGCUCCCACCAGCAAUAUCGGAUGCAGAUGAAACAGAAAUACAUGGCACCUUGACCGCUCCAACUUCGGUCCAAAUUGAACCUGUUGGACGAUGGUUUGAAGUAAGGCUCCACCGACAACGCAAUCAUCUGUCAGCAUCAUACACAGAAUCAUUGCCAAGUGAUGAUGAUGAGGAAGACUCAGGAGAGGAAGAUAUUUUUGAUGAAGAUGAAGAUGAUUCUAUGCUUCAAACGUUGGAUCCCAAGGAGUGGAAGGAUCAUGACCACUAUAAAAUCCUAGGGCUUUCUAAACUGAGAUACAAGGCAUCACAGCAUGACAUCAGACGAGCUCACAAACAAAAGGUUCUGAAGCAUCAUCCUGACAAAAGAGAAGACAGAAAAACCAGAAUAAGGAAAUCUGGUGAUGAUGAUUACUUCUCAUGUAUUACAAAAGCGUAUGAGGUUCUUGGUAACCCAGUGAAAAGAAGAGCUUUUGACAGUGUUGAUCCUGAGUUUGAUAAUGAUGUCCCAUCAAAUAACCAGCAAUCAAAGGACAAGUUCUUUGCAGCAUUCUCUGAUGUUUUCAAGAGAAAUGCAAGAUGGUCUAUCAAGAAACCUGUUCCCGAUCUAGGCAAUGACAAAUCAACUUUUAAGGAAGUGAAUAAUUUCUACAACUUCUGGUAUGACUUCCAGUCAUGGAGGGAGUUUUCCUACCUUGAUGAAGAGGAGAAGGAGAAAGGAGAAUGUAGAGAAGAGAGGCGAUGGAUAGAUAAACAGAACAGAGCUGAGAGACAGAGGAGGAAGAAAGAAGAAAAUGCAAGAAUGAGAACGCUUAUUGAUAAUGCUUAUGCCUGUGAUCCCCGCAUCAAACGAUUCAAGGAUGAGGAAAAGGAACGCAAAGCAAGAGAGAAACGAGCCAAACAAGAGGCAGUUAAAGCAGCAGCCUUAGAGAAAGAAAAGGAGCGUCUGGCAGUUCUUGAAGCAGAAAGGUUAGCAAAAGAAAAAGAAGAGGAAGAAGCAAAAGCAAAGGCACAAGCAGCCAAGAAGGAGAAAGAAGCACUCAAGAAAGCAAUGAGGAAAGAAAGAAAAGCAUUGAGAGAGACCUGCAAGAAACAUGGGUACUUCACGGAUGAGGAUGGUCUUGUGAAAGCAAUGGAAGACAUGGAAAAGUUAUGUGAAAGAUUAUCCUUAGUCAGGUUACAAGAGGUUAAUGCGAGAUUCAGUGGAGCAGACCAAGACAAAUCAAAGGAUAUCUUUCAAGAAGAGGUAGCUUCAUUGACAGCUGAGAUUGAAAGGGAGCACCAAGAGGAGCUACGUAAACAGCAGGAUCUCCUCUCCAGCUCAAAAGGAGGGGAUGGAGGUGGAGCUAAGGGAGGUAAAGCCUGGAGCGAAGCAGAUACUGCGCUCCUCAUCAAAGCAGCUAAUAUCUUUCCUCCAGGCACAAGCUCUCGAUAUGAAGUGAUUGCAAACUACAUCAACAAUCAUUCGACAUCGGGUAUCAACAGAGUAGCCAAGGAUAUCAUCAGUAAGACUAAGAAUCUACAGAGAUUAGAUGGAGGCAUGAAACAAGCAGCAAAUGAGAAAGCAUUUGAGAAGUUUCAGCAGGCUACUGGAAACAAGAUGAAGAAAUCUGAUGAAGCUCAACCUUCAGAAAAAUUUGAAGGUGGAGAUGGUGCUGGUGCCGCUGCAGAAGGUCCUAAACCAUGGACAACGGAUGAACAGAAGAGAUUAGAACAAGCCUUGAAGACAUUCCCUGCCAGUGCUACAGAUAGAUGGGAUAAGAUUGCAGAAGCUGUACCCACAAGGACUAAGAAAGAAUGUAUGAAGAGAUAUAAGGAACUUGUUGAGAUGGUAAAAGCCAAGAAAGCAGCCCAAGCUCAGGUUGCAAAGUCCAAGAAACCAUGAUACGCUGCACCCUUCAAUCCAACCUACUCACACCAAUUGGUCAAAGAUCUACUUGCCUAUGUAAUGUAACACAUUGAGCCGUACAUUUCAGCUGUAUUUGUGACUCUGGACAUUAAUUGUUAUUUGCAUAUGCAAAUUAUUGACAAACAUGGGCAUCCCUCUUUAUUUUCAGCUUUCACAUCCCAUUUUAUAAUAAAAAACUUUAUAGCUCAAAGGCCUUUUCAUUACUGGUAAAUAAAAGCAAAUUUAUUGGUAACACAUACCAAUGAGAUAUUGAUCUAAUUUUCAAUAUAUUUCAUACUCCCUGCUGAAGAUAUUUUGCUAUUACCUUAUGUUUGGUAACUUACAUUUCAUGUAUCACCCAAUAUUCAAAAGCGAUCAAGGUCCAUGCUUUUAUUGCAAUUUGUAUGCAAAAUUAGGGUUGGAGACUUUUGAAAACCCUAAAACUGUGAUUGAUCUGAAUUGGAAGUCCACUGAUUGAUCACAAAUCGCUAUGGGGUUUAUAGAAAUGAUUUUUUUGGACAGGAUUUUAAUUGUUAUACAAUGAGCAACUAUUUCAUGACAAUUACAAAUAAAAUAAUUUUGUAAAGAAAACUGCCAGCUUUGUAUCUAUCUUUAAUUAUAUCCUGACAUUUUAUACAUGUAUUGGGGAGAAAAUUGGGGUUUUACAUUUGUUAGUGUCUAUUACCACUGACAUUUUUCAUAAUGAAAGACAUUUUUAGGGGGGGGGGGCUUUCUUUAUAUGAUGAUAAAAUUACAAUUCAAAUUUUAUUCUAGAUGAGCUUUAAAUCUGCAGUGAAGACAAGUUAUAGAGAAAAUUAAAAGAAAUCAUGACUUGGAGAAAAAAACAGAAACAAUUAGUAAAACUGAUAUGGCAGUACUUUUUCAUUUUUCUCAUUAACUUUUUUCAUUACUGAAUUUACAAUUUGCAUUGUACAUGGUGCAUCCAAAGAAUAUAUUUCAUCUCAUUGACUACCAAUUCGAUUACUGCAAAUACCCUCUUUUGUUUAUACACAUACAUAUACAUAUUGAAUAUAUACACUCCAUAUUCAUCAAAUUGAAUUUCAAGACAAUAUACAUGGUACAUGAUAUAUUUGUCUCUCUAGAAGUCAAUCACUGGACAGUAAUGUGAGGAAGGAGAGGAUAUGAAGGACAGAUUGAUGAAUUGAUGAAUUGAUAGUAUGAACAAAGACCUACAAGGGGAAGAUCAGACACUUCGGCAAUUUUUUUUAAACACUCGAUCAGUGCUCAUGGGGAAGGGCGCCCACUAGCGUUGAGUAAGUAAACCAUCGCACAUGAAACAUGGGGAAAAUGAGAGAGGGGAUUUGGAAAGGGUACAAGGGCGGCGCAAGGGAAUAAUUCCACAUUUUACUCAGAAACCUCUGAAAUAUAUUCAUCUUUGAUUACAGAAAACAAAAUUUGAAGUAAAUUGUUUUUUUAAUGUAAAAAAUCGUCUAUUUCUUCACCCACUCACCAUUUCUCUCCUAUGUUUUGUACGCAACCUUAUCGCGAUACUCAAAGGUAAAAAAAGGUUGUUACUCAAAGCUGUGGGGUGCUCUUCCUGAGCGUUUCAUUGCACGCUCUAUGUACUGUCCGAUGUUCCCCUUGUAGUAUCUUUGGUAUGAAUGAGUGGGACGUGAAGAUUGAUGAAUUGAUUGACUGAAUAGGUGGUUGGAUGGAUUGAUUGAUGUUGAUCGAUCAACUGUAAUAAUGAUUGACUUAUUGAUGCGGCAAGAGCAAUCAUAUAUGUGGAGCGUUGUGGCCCAGUGGAUUAGUCUUCUGACAUUGAAACAGAGGGUCAUGGGUUCGAAUCCCAGCCAUGGCAUGAUUUUCUUCGGCAAGAAAUUUAUCCACAUUGUGCCGCCUUUGACCCAGGUAAGGUAAAUGGGUACCUGGCAGGAAUGUAUGCCUUGAAAUGCCACCGCACUGUAAAAGGCCGCAGGGCUAAAAGCCAGGGUAAUAGUAUCCAAUUGAGCGCACAAUAGUAUCCAAUUGAGCGCAUUUGGCAGUGAUAUACCCAUGUUGGUAUUAUUAUUAUAUUUUAUUAUGAGAGGAUCAUAUUUCAAUAUUCACAUGAUCUGAAAAGACAGUACAAUAAUUUUCAAAGUCCGUGUAGACUGUUAUGCCCUUCCAUGUUCAGAUACAUAUUUACAAAUUCAAUAUAAUCAAGUGUCUCAAAUCAGAAGCAUUUGAUCAAUAUAAAUUCCUGAGUAUGCUCUCCUGAGCUGCUUAGAAAAAAAAAGAUACUGAACAUAUGUAUUAUUAGGCAUUACUUCAGUUAAAGUGUCAGGAUUCCCAAGGGUCACAUGUGCAUGGUAUUUCAUAAAGAGGGUGCACAACUUUCAUGUAUUUUAUAAGAAAAAUAUUUUAUCAAUGAUGUUAUUAAAUGAUGCCUUGGAGCAAUAUUA